CGGCCAUUGUGACUUUUUCAUCUUGUACUCGACUGAGCUGAGACUCCAAAUGGUCUCGAGUGGACGCCAAGAUCCUGGACAGCUCCUCCGUUGUCUUGGCGUGCUCCUGACAUGGAAGACAGCGAGAUGAACAUGCCCGCCGCGGCGUGUGCUGCCACCAAGGCGGGGAAGACAACCAGCGCCGACACGCUCAUCCCGUGCCGGGCGUGCGGACAUGAACUGGCCUCCAGCGCGGACACCAUCGCUACAGUGCACAGCCGCAUGACGUUGUCCGGCCGCAACGAUACACUGGCGGGGGGCCGGCGGGUGCACGUCCAGAUCUUCGAAAACCCGCACGGCCUCCAGUUUGAGGUGGUCACCUUCCGCAGGGGGGACGUGGCCGGCGGAGCUCUUUCCUGGUUCCCCGGGUUCUCGUGGACAACGGUGGCCUCAUGCCCGCGGUGUAGAACGCACUUAGGUUGGGCCUUCCAACCGAGCUCAGGGCCUGCCACCAUUACGCCGUCCACGUUCGAGUCUUCAGACCAGACCUUCCUGGCUCUCAUCCUAGACCACCUGCUGAGAAAAGACUAUGGCUCCAGCCUGCUCGUCACCCCCAAAUCUUUCAUCAACUGA